AUGCCACAAAGGCACCUAUAUCACGCUCUUCAAGUGGUAACAGCAGUAGCAGCAGCAGCAUUAACUGUAGCCAUAAUUAUAAGGGUAGCUUGUUUGUUGAGAGAAAAAGACUUGAAAGGCUUAUUCUUUGACCAGCAGCAAUUGCAUUAUGAGUUUAUUUUUAUUUUUGGUUUCUUUCCAAAUUCCACAAUUAACUUUCCGGGAGCCCGCACAGUGAAAACUCACAAUAACAAAAUCUUAAUACUAAUAAUAGUAUUGAUUGAUAGUCCCAAGGCUGUAAACCCCAUCAUUUGUAAGCAAGACUAA